ACACAUUCGAAGAUGAGCUUUAAAGAAAAAUUGAACAUUUCUCUAUCGACCUUUUUGUUCUCCCACAAACAUAUUUGAAUGAAUGAAUAAGGGCUGAGUUACUUACGCAUCUGACUCAAUUACCAGAUACAUAUAUAUAUAUAUAUAUAUACUCCACUAUUGACAUUCCUCCUAUUGCUUGCCAUGGAGAUGCAGCAGAUGAUCAUGGAUGGUACUGAAGGGAGUCGGGGUGGGGGUGGGUUGGAGAGGGGUAGGUGGCUGGUGAGAUCCCCCAACCCUCCUUCGCCAUGGCAGGCUCUGCACGGCUACGUCAGGAAAGCUGUCUGGAAUUGCUCCACCUCUCUUCAAAAUGAUAAUGAUAAGAGUAGCAGUAAGUGUAGAUGGAAAUCCAUGGCGGUUGUGUUCCUUCAAGGCCUCUUCCCAAUUCUGAAAUGGGGGAAGACUUACAAGCUUGCCAUGCUCAAGAGUGACGUCAUGGCUGGAUUCACUCUUGCCAGCCUCUGCAUCCCUCAGAGCAUCGGCUACGCUAAUCUCGCCAACCUCGAUCCUCAGUAUGGCCUCUAUGCUAGUGUGGUGCCGCCGUUGAUCUACGCCGUGAUGGGGAGCUCGCGGGAGCUGGCGAUCGGUCCCGUGGCUGUGGUUUCGCUGCUGCUAUCGGCAAUGGUUUCGAAACUUGUCGACCCUUCCCUCGACUCAGCUGGCUACACCAGAUUAGUCCUCACUGUCACUUUCUUCACCGGACUCUUCCAGGCCAUCUUCGGAUUGUUCAGGCUGGGAUUUCUCAUCGAUUUUCUGUCGCACGCCGCCAUAGUUGGAUUCAUGGGAGGUGCAGCCAUUGUUAUCGGCCUCCAGCAGCUCAAGGGACUGCUCGGACUCGACCAUUUCACCACUAACACUGACGUCGUCUCUGUCCUCGCCGCCGUCGCCAAAGGACUCAGCCACAAAGAGUGGUAUCCGAUGAACUUCGCCAUUGGCGGUUCCUUCUUGCUGUUCAUCCUGGCCACUCGAUUUCUAGGCAAAAAACACAGGAAAUUCUUCUGGUUCCCGGCCAUGGCGCCUCUUUUCUCAGUCAUAAUUUCCACCGUAAUAGUGUACCUAACCAGAGCCGACCGCCAUGGCGUGAAGAUCGUUAAGCACUUCAAAGGCGGACUCAAUCCUAUCUCAAUCCACCAGCUGAAUUUCGGAGGGGAAUUCAUCGGAGAAACAGCGAAGAUCGGACUCAUCUGCGCACUCAUCGCUCUCACUGAAGCCAUAGCCGUGGGGAGAUCCUUCGCCGCCAUGAAAGGCUACCAUCUCGACGGGAACAAGGAAAUGGUCGCUAUGGGAUUCAUGAACGUCGUCGGAUCCUUCACUUCCUGCUACACCGCCACCGGUUCGUUCUCGAGGACGGCGGUGAACUACAGCGCCGGUUGCGAAACCGUCGUGUCGAACAUCGUGAUGGCGGUUACUGUGCUGAUAACGCUGCUGCUGUUCACGAAGCUCAUGUACUUCACCCCCUUGGCAAUCCUGGCCUCCAUCAUCCUCUCCGCCUUGCCCGGCCUCAUCGACGUCCACGAAGCUUACAACAUCUGGAAGGUCGACAAGCUCGACUUCCUCGUCUGCAUCGCCGCCUUCUUCGGCGUCCUGUUCGGCUCCGUCGAGAUCGGCCUCCUCCUCGCCGUAGGGAUUUCAUUGGGGAAGAUAAUAGUGAGGUCGAUAAAGCCGAGCAUAGAAGAAGUGGGGAGGCUGCCGGAAACAGACAUCUUCUGCAACAUCCAACAGUAUCCUCAGCUGGCCACGAAACCUCCUCCCCCGAUCUUGCCAAUACGCGUCAACUCUGCUGCAAUCUGCUUUGCAAAUGCCAAUUUCAUCACACAGAGAAUCGUCAGCUUUCUCUCCCAACGCAUCAGCGCCAUGGAAGAAGAAUUACCGAGCAGCAGCCCUUUGGAUGUUGAUAAUGGAAGAAGAAGAAGGAUCAUUGCCAUGCUCAUUCUCGACAUCACAUGCGUGAUGGAUGUUGACAUGUCGGGCCUUCACGCCAUGGAAGAGUUGCAUAAGGAUCUCAAGUCCAGGGGUGUCCAAUUGGUGGUGGCAAAUCCGAGAUGGGAAGUUAUGACGAAGAUGAAGGCUGCCAAGGUGGUCGACAAAAUUGGUCCCGAGUGGUUUUUCGUGUCUGUUGCCGAUGCCGUAGAUUUUGCUUCACUUACUCUCAAAUUCAAUAAUAGCUGUUGAUUUCUUGGACA